CUUUUUUUUGCGCACUGUGAGGUCUGGUAUCGGCAGGAGUCCACUGCGAGCGUGACUGGAGAGAGGCCAGACCGUUCAGCCAUCGACCUUCUCUUGCGUUUCGCAUGAUGAUCAGCUGAGUGAGGGCUGAGGUGGUUGACCUGAUAUCUCAAGGCGUGCUCAUGAGAUGGAUGUUCCAGGCACCUUAGCUACACCUAUCUACCUAUGACUGUCUGGGUAGAGCUGUCAAGGUUGUGACUGAUAGAAGGAGCUACCCCACACGCGACAUCCUUUGGCCAGGGAGGGCAGGCAGUCUGAAUAACAUCACAGCUUUCUGCCUUGCGAGUGGUGAUAAGGUUGUUAUCUGGAAGUGGAUGUGCCCAUGUGUCUGGGUCCAGCAGAUCCUUGUUCUUUGUUUCUGAGACGCCUCUCUCUUGCACGGCCGGCUCCCGCCCAACAACAACCCCGCUCCACCACAAAUUUGCUCCGUGCGCCACCCAGCAGGACGCAAACCCGCCAAACCCGCCCAGCGACCUGGGACUGUGCCAAAGAAAGGGACCUGACCUGA